CCACCACCACCACCACCACCAUGGCUCCCCAGGAAAACGCCCGCGCCUUCGACUUUGGCCUGCCGACGCCGACCUUCAAGGACAAGUACGAGGAGCGCCAGUACAUCAAGGAGCGCCUCGCGCUCGCGUACCGCGUGAUGGCGCACGAGAACCUGGCGGAGGGCGUUGCGGGCCACCUUACCUCGCGCGACCCCGUCGACCCCGAGUGCUUCUGGGUCAACCCCUUCGGGCUCCACUUCUCGCGCAUGACGGCGUCCGACCUCCUCCUCGUCGACCACCACGGCAAGGUCGUUGGCGGCGGCAAGCCCGGCCGCGGGCAGAUCUACAACGCGGCGGCGUUUGUGAUCCACUCUGCGAUCCACGCCGCGCGCCCCGAGGUCAACAGCGUCGUGCACGCGCACUCGAUCUACGCCAAGGCGUUCAGCACGCUCGGCCGCAAGCUGCCCAUGUACACGCAGGACGCGUGCAUCUUCUACAACGACCACGCGCUGUACGCCAAGCACGGCGGCGUCGUGCUCUCCAGCGGCGAGAGCGACGCCAUCUGCAAGUCGAUCGGCGGAAACAAGGCUGUUAUUCUGCAGAACCACGGCCUGCUCACCGUCGGCGGGUGCAUCGAGAGCGCCGUCGGAUGGUUCCAGAUCUUCGAGUCCGAGUGCAAGUCUGUCCUCGCGGCCGAGGCCGCCGCCGCGCUCUCCGGCAAGCCGCCCAUCACGCUCCCCGACGACGUCGCAGAGUUCACCUACAAGGCGACCGGCUUUGAGGAGGCGGGCAAGUUUGAGGCCCACGCCUUCUUCGACCUCGUCGAGUACAAGGACGGCGAUGCGUUCAAGGCGUAAAGUGGUUGUAUCGGUCGUCAUAGGUUGUCAUUGCGCU